UUAUAUACAUUACUUAAUAGGGGUUAUGGCUUUGUGUUAAGCAGAUCGGAUGUUUCUUUUUAUCAAAAUUCAAAAUUAAUAAGUUACUCAAGUGUGAAUUUCAAAUAUCAAAUAAUUCCAUAUAUAUCAACAUCGCCAUGUCAAAAGGAAAAGGCCCCCUUUCAAAACUGUAUAAUGUCAUCAUAAAUUCUGUUGAUGUAGUUGUACCGCAGUCCAUGCGACCGUUCUGGGAAUCCCCGGCAGGUCCAAAAACUGUUUUCUUCUGGGGCCCCCUUGGCAAAUGGGGGUUGGUACUUGCUGGCAUUGGAGAUCUUGUGAAACGGCCACCCCAAAAUGUGUCGCUCAAUCAGUCGGGAGUGCUGGCCACAACUGGAUUAAUUUGGUCCCGAUAUUCACUUGUUAUCAUACCCAAAAAUUACAGCUUGUUGGCUGUUAAUUUGGUUGUAUUUUUGACCCAAGGCUUUUUAAUCGCCAAGCAUUUGAAAUGGAGGAGCGAAAAUUCGAAACAAGUUGUUUAUCAACAUCCACGUUCUAUUCUUCGCUUUCAUGACAGCUCAUAACAAGGUCCAAGCAUCUGGACUUUUUGGGCAUGGCGCAAGAAAAUAUUGAUUUAAAAAACCCAAAUAGCUGUAAAAACUGUAGCUGAUUCCUAUUCAUUCAUUACAGAAUUAUUAACUAUACGAAACAGUUCGGAGACCAUUUUCAAAAUU